UCGUAUUAGGAUUGUGUUACCGCUUUUUGGGGAAGAUGAGUCGAAGCAACUAGUUUUUAUCACGUGCUUUGCACUGACUCGCAUACUUUUUUUUAUAAGUAUAACUAUAUAAAAAUGAUCUUCUCCUUCCUUUUCCUUUCACGGAGUAGUUUUCUUCUCUCAGUAGAAUUUCUUCCUCUCCCGAUCUCUCUCGUGCUAUAAACGAUGUCGUACGCAUACCUCUUCAAGUACAUCAUCAUCGGCGACACCGGAGUUGGGAAGUCGUGCUUGCUUUUGCAAUUCACCGACAAGCGUUUUCAACCCGUGCAUGAUUUGACCAUUGGUGUUGAGUUUGGUGCUCGAAUGAUCACAAUUGACAGCAAGCCAAUUAAACUACAGAUUUGGGACACAGCUGGUCAAGAAUCAUUUAGAUCUAUUACAAGGUCUUAUUAUCGAGGUGCUGCUGGAGCACUACUUGUUUAUGACAUUACAAGGAGGGAAACUUUUAAUCACCUUGCUAGUUGGUUGGAAGAUGCAAGACAGCAUGCAAAUGCAAAUAUGACAAUAAUGCUGAUAGGGAACAAGUGUGAUCUUGCUCAUAGAAGAGCUGUGAGCACGGAGGAAGGGUUGCAGUUUGCCAAAGAGAAUGGUUUAAUAUUUAUGGAGGCCUCUGCCAAAACAGCACAGAAUGUGGAGGAGGCAUUUAUCAACACCGCAUCAACAAUAUAUAAGAAAAUACAAGAUGGAGUCUUUGAUGUAUCAAAUGAGACCAAUGGGAUAAAGGUUGGUUAUGGUGGCGUCCAAGGGUCAUCGGGAGGAAGAGAUGGAGCUCUUACUCAAGGAGGGGGUUGCUGUAGCUGAACAUGAAAUCUGAUUUCUUCCCGAGUAUUGUUUGUUUGUGGCUUCUUCCUUUGUUUCUCAAUUACUAGUAUUUUAAUUUUUAAAAAAAACUUGCCUGUGUAAGUGGUGUAAAAUAUAUAACACAACAACAAUCAGCGAUAAGUAUUUAUUGAUUUAUUGGUGUGAAUUACUGAAAAAUAGAGUUUAGUGGAUCUGUUGUGAUUUUGAAAUGUUAUUUUUUGGUUUUUAGAAUCCUGUCCAUUAAUGAAGGCCAUCUUCCGUU